GGGGAGUAAUACGUCUACGUCUCUGAGUGAUGUGAUAUCGUUAUCAUAUUCGCCGUAAGAUUUACAUGCUUUUAAACUGUAAAAGCUAUGCUCUAUAAGUACUGUGAAAAAACUAAACGCCUUUUGACAGCUGUCUGAUAUUGACAUCUGACAAUUGAUAAACAAAGUUGACUGGAACCAGUUGUGUGAACUUGUGAAGUUUUAAUGUUCAUAAAUUAUAACUAAGUUAUUAUAGCAAAUAUUGAAACAAUGGCGGUGUACGCAGCUCACUUGACGAGGACACUGCAGGGCAGGCCGUCCCUGUUCCAAGUGACGGCGCAGGAAGCUCUCGGCUCCACUGUGAAACCCGCGCUACAGAAAGUUAUUGAGUUUCUGGCGGCGACAUACCCCAACAAGUGUGGGUGGUGUGUGGACUGGUAUGAUGAGCUGUAUCUGUUGUUCGACGGCUGCCUGCAGUACUACUACCUCAAACAUUAUGCUGCUUCGUUCUCUGAAAGCUUCUACGGUCUGUUGCGUGUGCCCGUCUCCAGCUCCAGUGAGUUCAGCAGCGGGCAGCAGCUGCCGCUGCACUUGGAGAAGGCCUCGCUGGCGCUGCUGGUGCUGUUGCCCUACAUCAGGGAUAAGGUCGAGAAGGUUGUGGACCGGUGGAGAGAGGACAACGAGGAAGGCAGGUUGGGAAAGUCUCGUGCAGACCGCGCCCGCCGCGUGGCGGUCCACUCGUACGCGGUAGUCCACACGGCUUCGGCGUGCGCGCGGCUGCUGGUGCUGGCGCGCUACGCGUGCGGCGCGCGCUGCGCCACGCCCGCGCUGGCCGCGCUGCGCCUCGCGCUGCGGGACGCGCCGCCGCGGGAGGACGCCGGCGGCUGGGGGGAUACCCUCAGGCAUGCCGUCACCGGGGACAUCGGGUCCGCAGUGUCGUCGCUGCCCGCGCUGGGCUCGCUGGCGCUGCGCGGCGCGGAGUGGGGCGCCUUCUGCGUGCAGCUGCUGCGCUGGUGGAGCGCGAGGGCAGACCACCAGCAGGCCUUGCCCACGCCGCCGCCGCCCAAGCGUGAAGAUCAAGCGCUGCGUUGGAAAAACAAGUGUCCUUUAUGCCUUCAAUCAUGGAAGAUACCUACAGUACUGCCUGUGUCUGGCUACAUAUUCUGCUACAUCUGUAUCUCGCGUCACGUCCGCGCGCACUCGUCGUGUCCCGUCACGCGCUGUCCCGCCGCCGAGACCUCGCUCGUCAGGCUCUACAUCGACUAGCACAACUAACUAUGUAGUAACGAGUGUCAAGAAACGUAGGAACUGAAUAUAUUAUCAACAUAAUGUAUUGUGGAUUUAGCUCAAGCGCACAAUGAAGGUACCUAACUAAAACGAUUAUUGUAAAAUCGAAAAACAUAGUCAAUAUCUGGUGCAACGUCAAUACUCGACUGUUUGUCUCUAUUAGCCUAAUUAAUUAAACGAUUUAGAUGUAAUCGAGUAGAUAUUCUAAUCGACUAAUAGGUCAUUUAGUCGAUUUUAUAAAGCAAAAAAAAUCGCAGUUCUUUUUAAGCCGAUAGCUUGUAAUGAACACAAAGAACUGCGAUUUAUUGUUUAGUGAAUUGUUCAUAAAAAAUAACUAAAUAUUACAUAUUAGACAUGACAUGUGUUGGUCGAGACUUUUGAAGACUGGUAACAUACCCAGUUAUUUGGAAUAACAUUUUACUGUUUCGUUACUAAAUUAAAAUCUACGAGAAUUAGCUUGUUAGUGUUUUACCAUAAGGAGCUCUGAGGGUCCUUACCCUCAGAGCUCCUUAUGGUAAAACACAUACAAACACACUUAAACACAGCAUAAGGUGCAAGUUAAGUCGUGUUUAGGGAUAUAGAAAACGUAGAGUAUAAGACAUGAAUUCCUCUUGAAUCGCGUAUGGGUAGGUUAGUUAUAAUAGUUAGCUUCGCUGGUAAAGAGUCGCUGGUUCGAGUUCUGACUGAAGUUUUGAAUUUUCAAUUCUAUUACAUUGUAUUUAAGUAAAAAAUAAUUAUAAAUGUUGCCAUAUUUUUAACUAGCCACAGCCUGCAGUGUUACCCACUGCUUGUUAUAUACAUUGAUGCUUGCUCAUACUCUAAGAAGGCUACAUUCCUCAGGAUAAAAAGAAUCUUUAUGUAUCUUGUAUUAUCCUAUCUUGUCUUUGUUAGCUACAUCCAAAAUUUUAUCACAAUUGGUUCAGCCUUAGAAGCAUGACCACCGCACACAGUCACAAACAAAGGCCUUUAAAAUAUAAGUGUGAUGAUGACAAAUUUUGAUUUAACAGUAGCUCAAUUGACUUAAUUAUAAUAAUUUAUUUGUAUAUAUUGAUGUUUUUAUAUCACGCGACCAAUAGGAUGAUGUUGUGAGAAAAAUGUUUUAUAAAUUAAAAUUUGUGUUAUGGUCAUUAAUGGUUGUGGAAGUUUUAGAUAUGAGAA